UUCCGUGCCUGCCUUCUUUUGGCUCUGGCCACCACUGCCUUCGCUGGCUACACCGGCUUCGGCUACGGCGGCUUCGGCUACGGUGGCCUCGGCUACGGCGGUCUCGGCUUCGGCGGCCUCGGCUACUCCGGCCUCGGCUACGGCUACGGCCUUGGCUCCGGCUACGGUCUCGGCUAUGGCUACGGCCUCGGCUACGGCCAUGGUCUCGGCUAUGGACACUCUGGCCUGACUGGCUACGCUGUCGCUGCUCCAGCUGUCACCAAGGUCUCUACUGUCCACCACGCCCCAGCUGUUGCCUCCUACGCCGUCGCCCCAGUUGCCACCUACGCUGCCGCCCCAGCUGUUACCAGGGUGUCUACCGUCCACCAUGCCCCAGCCGUUGCCUCCUACGCCGUCGCUCCGGUCGCCACCUAUGCUGCUGCCCCAGCUGUGACCAGAGUCUCUACUGUCCACCAUGCCCCAGCUGUUGCCUCCUACGCCGUCGCCCCAGUCGCCACCUACGCCGCUGCCCCAGCUGUCGCCAAGGUUGCCACUACUUACCACGCUGCUCCAGCUGUCGCCAGCUACCAGACCUACCACGCUGCUCCAGCUGUAACCACCGUUGUUCACGCCCCAGCAGUCGGAUACGGCUACGGCAUUGGACACCUCGGAUACGGCCUUGGACACUUCGGUUACGGACACGGCCUCGGCAGCUACGGCCUGAACUACGGCUAUGGUCUUGGUUCCUACGGAGACUACGCUACCCUCCUCCGCAAGAAGAAGUAAAUCGUAAGACGAAAACAAGGAUCCAUAACGGGCAACGAGGAACAAGGCAUCACCCUGCAGGCUUCGUUUCCUAUGAUGUUUCUUUGAUAGAAUGUGAGUUUCGAAUAAAUUAUUUUCCCUGUCACAUACAU